AUGCGCGCCUCGCGUCCGGCCCUCCGACAGGGCGCCUUCUCCGCACAGGCAUCCCAGGCCUUCCGCGCCCAGCGAUUCCGCUUCCGCGAGAGCAGCAAGAGGUGGCAGAGCACGGCCGACGGCGCCCAGCAGCAGCACCAGAGCUGGUUCAAGCGCGCCUGGGAGAGCGAGGUCGGCAUCAAGACGGUGCACUUCUGGUAUGAUUUCCCUCACUCCUUCGUUGUCGCCCAAGCUAACGCCAUGGUCAUCCAGGGCUCCCGUCAUGAAGGUCCGCCACACAAACACCGCCCCUUACAAAUUAACAAGGUAGCAGAUGCUAACAAGGACUGGCAGUGGGCUCUCGUGCUUGCCGGCAUCUCCGACUUUGCCCGCCCUGCUGAAAAGCUCUCCUUCACGCAGAACUUUGCCCUGACGUGCACUGGUCUGAUCUGGACCCGGUGGUGCUUGAUCAUCAAGCCCAAGAACUACCUUCUUGCUGCCGUCAACUUCUUCCUCGGUCUCGUCGGUAUCGUCCAAGUCUCCCGCAUCCUCAUGUACGAAUCGGCCAAGAAGAAGGGCCUCGCCGAGGUCGUCGAGGAUGUCAAGAAGGACGUCAAGGAUCAGGUCAAAGCCUAA